UCCGGGAGUAGUUGGUUGCAUCGACGGAACUCAUGUUCGCAUAAUUUCACCAAGAAAAGAAGUGCAACAUCUUUAUCUUAACAGAAAGGGCUACUACAGUUUAAACGUGAUGAUUCUUUGUGAUUAUAAAAUGUCUAUUCGGUAUGUGGAUGCUAGGCAUGCAGGCGCAAAUCAUGACUCUUUUGUUUUCAAUGUUAGCGAUUUGAAAGUGCAUUUACAGAACAACAUACAGAAUAACACUUGGAUCUUGGGCGACGCUGGCUAUCCUCUGCACAAAUUUUUAAUGACGCCUUAUCGCUUGGCGGAAGCUUCUUCUCCCCAAGCACGCUACAAUACAGUACACUCAAAGGCCCGGAAUAUUGUAGAGCGGACAAUUGGUGUACUCAAGAGUAGAUUUCGUUGUCUUUUAUCUGUACGAGGUUUACAUUACACUCCCGAAAAGGCUACGCAAAUUGUGAAUGCUUGUUGCGCAUUGCACAAUAUUUGCCAACACUCUCAAGUGGAAUCUCCGGAAGAAAUACCAUCUACUUCACAUACUACAAUGACCAAUGAUAUUUUGGACAUAGAAAGAGAAGAAGAGGAUACGGCUCGAAUAAUUCGCAAUAAUAUUAUGACUUCCCUCUAA